AAAUGCUUAAAUUGAUUGUGUUAUUAGUAAGUUAAUCGAAUAAAAAAAAUUUAGUGGAAAAGUUAAUGGACCAGCAGAAUAUGUUCUUGGACUUAUUGUAAUCUGCUUACUUCAAUUGCCUAUAAAUAGAAACCUCCUCUCAACCACAACAUAUCACCACAAGACAACAAAUCUAAACAUAUUUUGACAGCGCGAAAGAAAUGGCUCAAGCAGUUGUCAAGAAACAAGUGAUCGAGCAAUACGGGCCUUAUGGGUCUCAACUGCCAGAAAACUACCGCUUCCAGCUUGCUGAGGGUGAAAAAUUCUGUCAAGUUACAGUAAGGCAUGGAUACAUUGUUGACGCGAUCGGAUUCAAAGUUGCUAAGCCAGAUGGGAGCACCUACAGUGUCAGCUUUGGUGGCAAUGGCGGACAAGAAUCCAAGAUUGAUUUCGUUGAUGGUGAGUACUUAAUUGGUGUGAGUGGAACAUAUGGUAACUACCAAGACCAGAAAGACCAAUGCUUGAUUGCUACACUUAAGAUACACACCAACUUAAACCCGAAUGGUUACGGGCCAUAUGGACAAGGAAAAGAUGUUACCAAUGUUCAGAAGUUCAAUUCUCCAAUGCUCAUUGAUGGACCCAUGGUUGGUGUCUUUGGAAGGCACAACAACUAUCUCGAGUCCCUUGGAGUUCUCAUCAGGAAGGAAUUCCCAAACUAAUUAUAAGCUAAAGACUCGCGUGGAGAGCUUAAUAUACAUAUGUUAGCAUGUUUUAAAUAAGCCGUAUGGCCUCUCAAGUGUGAUUUAUUGUAAUCUUAAACUUGAGUGAUUGUAUCUUGUAUAUGUUUGCCUUAUCUAUGAGGUAAACCAUUAUAUAUAAAUAGAUACUAUUUUAUAUAA